AUGGUAGAAAGUUUUGUAGACGUAAUGAAAGUAGAAGAACAUCAACAACUGACAGCCUUAUUUGCAAAGGCAGUGUUUACUAGUAAUACACCACUAUCAAUUACAGAAAACAGAAACUGGAAACUAUUCUUUAAAAGACUGAGACCCUCCUUUACGUUACCUGGGCGAUAUCUGUUAUCACAUCGUCUACUUGACGAAGAAUUUGAGAGAGUACAAAUUCAUGUGGAGGAAACUUUGAACAUUUCAGAAAAUUUGGCCCUUCAGUGUGAUGGGUGGUCAAAUUUAAGAAACGAAAGUGUCAUUAACGUUAUCAUCACAACCCCGCGCCCUUUAUUUGUCAAGUCUGUUUUAAGUGGCACUGCAAGUCAUACUGCUACCUAUUUAGAAGGUAUCAUGUUAGAGAUAAUCGAGAAAUAUGGGUCACAUAAAUUUAGCGCAAUAGUUACCGACAAUGCCGCUAAUAUGCGUAAAGCAGCACGUAACAUACAAGAGAAAUAUCCCCAUAUUGUGUCAUAUGGUUAUAUGGCACACACUCUUCAUUUGAUGUGCUCAGAUAUAUUGCGAGUAGAAUCUGUUGAGCAGAUCAUUGUGUCUGUUAAGAAUAUUGUUAAGACCAUAAUGUCCAGUCAGAUAUUGCGAGCAAAACUAGAAGAAAUAAAAAAGGACAUGAAACUUACAACUUCGUUAAGUAUGCCUGUCAAAACAAGGUGGGGUUCACAUGUUAAAUCAAUGGAAGAUCUCGUUAAGUGCAAAUUUGCCUUGUAA